AUGACCGCGAUCGCGUCGACGCUUCGGCAGUGUAAGCGCCGCGGUGAGCGCGCGUCGAGGUGGACCUUACGAAGGGACGCGUCGACGAAAAUCGUCGGACGCGCUUCGCCGCCGGUGUCGCCAGAGGCGGAGAUGCAGACGAUCACGGACGAGGGGUUGUUCUCGGGGACGUGUGUGCGCGUGGACGCGGGCGGGGUGGCGGUGCUGGAGGGGAUGCGGAGCGCGGCGCCGCCGGGGGCUACGGUGACGUUCGGCGAAGGCGGAAGACGAGGCGUGUUGCUAGCGCAUCGAGAGCCGAAGACCUUCGCGCUGAUGUUCGAGGAGGAAGCGAACGGGAGAAAAAAGGUCGACGCCGGGGAUGGGGUCCUGGGUACGGUCGGGGAGGCGAGUAAGAUGGAGUUCGCGUGCGGGCCAAGCGCGCGUUGGGCCGCCGGGAGGACAGUGAACGCGUUCGGCGAGUGCCUGAAGGGCGAGCGCAUGGUUACCGGGACGGAUGAUUCGUCGCGGAUGAUGCGCGAACCGCCGACGGUUGAGGAUAGAAAACCGAUCACGACGCCGCUGGUGACGGGUGUGAAGGCAGUGGACGUGCUCGCGCCGCUCGGCCGAGGGCAAUGCAUGCUCGUGAGCGGCGAGCCAGGAACUGGGCUCUCCGAGCUCUGUUUGACCACGAUUGCGGCGCAAAAGAAGACGGGCGUGCGAUGCGUCUACGCUGCGCUCGGUGCGCAGGCUUCGCGCGUGGAAGAGGUUGAGAAAAGAUUGGAACAGGAUGGAGCCAUGGAGUACACGACCAUCGUCACUGUUGAUAAGGAGGCGAGCGAGGGCGAGAGGUACGCGGCCACGUGCACGGCAUUUGCCAUCGCCGAGGGCGCUCGCGCCGUGGGACAAGAUGUUCUCUUGGUUCUCGACGAUUUCACGGGCUUGGUGAACUUCACCAAGGACAUGAGUCGACUGGCGCCACAGUUGAACGUCGCGGAGGGAACGCAGGAGGAGAUGGAGGAGUACGAGGGCAUGUUGAUCUCCGCAUCUCUUGCUGAGCGCCGUCGUUUCUUGGGGAUGACGCUUCAGCGAGUCGCUCGAUUGAACGACAAGCUGAAAGGGGGGUCGAUCACGCUAAUGGGGGUGAUGUAUCAUCCGAAGGGUGCGUACAAGAAGUCGUUCAAGGGUGGAAUGGAAACCUCGGGUUCCGGCGGCGCUGUCCUUCCCAACAGUGUGGAAUCCAUCAAGGGGUUUGAUUCUAUGCCCUCCGCGGUGCAAGAGAAACUUCGUAAGGCACUCGCAGAGAAGGCGAAGGCGAUGGAGCACUCGUCGAGCGAAGAUGACGUCCCUGAGGCGGCAUUCGUCCAGACCAGACCCAUGGUGGAGGAGUUCAUGUCCAUCACAGAUGGUCAGGUCUUCGUCGACUCUUACGAUCCAGAGCAAGGCUGGAUCAUCAGCGCGAAAGACUCCGUCAGUCGCAUCGGUUCUCCGGGCGCGGCUGGACCGUUCCGCUCGCUCAACUUCCUCCAGCUUCGACUCGACUUGAUGCAAUCGGACGACAUGGGCACAUUUGGAAGCUCCGGCGCGGAGAAGAGCAAGCUUCGCAGCCGCUCCGAGGCCAUUCGCGGCUUUCUCAAGCAAAAGCAAGGUGAAGUGGCGUCGCUCGCGGAGCAAACAAUCGGUCUUUUCGCGAUACAGAGCGGGUUCACGAACGAAAAGACUGCUCAAGAAGUGGAACUAAUGCUCACCCAGGCGUAUGUACGCGCUCGCGAAACGUUGAGCGAGGAGGUUGAGUUCAUUAACAAAAAUCAAUCUUCAGAGCUCUCCAAGGAGACCGCGGAUAAAUUCACAGAGCUUUUCAAGUCUCUUUAA